AUGAUUAUUCAGGAUGAGCUUCUGUUUAGUCAUGUGGAGGGUAUUGGGUUUCGUGAAUUUUUGAAGGAGGCACAACCUAGAUUUGAGUUGCCAUCUCGUAAAACACUUGCUAGAGAUGUGUGGGAUCUCUAUCAAGAGGAUAAAGUUAAAAUCAAGAGUGUCUUAACACAUAAUGCACAAAGAGUCUCUCUUACCAUCGACACUUGGACGUCCAUUCAAAAUAUCAAUUACAUGGUUCUCACGGCCCACUUCAUUGAUGAUGAUUGGGUCUUGCAUAAGAGAAUCCUUAAUUUUUGUGUCAUUCCUAAUCAUAAGGGGGAUACAAUUGGCAGGCUUGUGGAGGCAUGUUUGAAUGGGUGGGGGAUAGACAAAGUUUUCACCAUAUCGGUUGAUAAUGCUUCCUCCAAUGAUGGAUGUAUUACCUACAUGAAGAAGAGGUUAGAAAAGUGGAAUUCACUCAUAGGUGAUGGUAGUUUGUUGCAUGUGAGGUGUUGUGCACAUAUUACAAACUUGAUUGUAACCGAUGGAAUGAAAGAAAUUCAGCAAUCUAUUGAGAGUAUUCGCAAUUGUGCUAAGUACAUUAGGGGGUCAUCCCAACGGUUAGAGAAUUUUAGGGCUUGUUUGGAGAUGGAGAAGGUUGAUACUAGAACCAUGGUUCCUUUCAAUGUGUGCACAAGAUGGAAUUUAACUUACAUGAUGUUGGAGAGUGCUUUGAAGCUCCAAAAAGGUUUUGAGAGGAUGGAGGAGGAUGACCCAAACUUUUUGGGGUACUUUGAGGAGUAUGAAGUUCAUGGUAAGGAAACGAAGAAAAGAGUUGGGCCUCCAACUUCAUUGGAUUGGGAUAAUACAAAGGUAUUUGUCAAAUUUUUGAAGAAGUUUUAUGAUGCUACUUUGAGGUUUAGUGCAUCAAAAACCGUGUCUUCUAAUACCCCACUCCAUGAGAUAUGUUCUUUUUUGGAGGAGAUAGACACAAUGAUGAAUGUUGAUGAUGUUGUUAUGUGCAACAUAGCAACAAUGAUGAAGAGAAAGUUUGAUAAAUAUUGGGGAAAUGUGAAUAACAUCAACAAGUUAUUCUUUGUGGCGGUUAUUCUAGAUCCUCGAUACAAGAUGAAAUAUGUGGAAUUUUGCUUGGGUGACUUGGUGUCCAAUGAAAAUGGGGUUAAUGACAUGUCAUUGGGUUUUUGUUCUACUAUACUAUGCUUCGACACAGCAAUGAAAAACCAAAAUCAGUCUAAAUAUCAAUUACCAAACACCAAAUCUAAAACCCAAUUAUUGAAACAGCCAAAAACACAAAAUAAAGAGAAACUCAUAAAUUUUCAUACCUUUUAUGGAAAGUUAGAGGCAGUGAGAAGGAAGGAUGUGAGUGAGACAGAGAACUGA